CACACUACUUACGUGAAAAUUCUUCUAUUCCGUGUAAUAUUGAUGGUUUAAAUCCUAAAGUACUCAGGCCAUUUAAGAUUCCUACGAAUGAUCCUGAAAAAAUCAAAUUAUAUAAGUAUCGCCCAAGAAUGCCGUUGAAGAAAGCUACAAAUAACAAUAUACUUCAACUUCCCGAAA